AUGAGACAUACCAAGCGACCUCGAAGGCCUUCCCGAAAGAUUCGUUCUCCCCUUCGAGCCAGACAACAUGCUGCGCCAACACCACAUCCUCCCGUCCUCUACCACCCGCCAGUAUCCUCGCAAGACCUGCUCUGCGCGGCAGCAAUUGACCACUUGGAGAGUCUCAGCCUAACCGAGUCCUGGUUCUCGACCCUACCAUCCCACAUCGGACACUCGCCCACUCUGGAUGCCGCCACGCGCGCCUUCAUCAGCGCUAACCGCUUCUUGCUGAACAGCCGCGACGCCUCUCUAGCCGUAUGCCUGCGCGACUACGUCCGCGCGAUCGAGAGCCAGCGAAACCUCACCUCAAGCCCAACCGGCCGGCUCUCAGACGAGGCGCUCUUAUCCUGCGCUCUGCUCGGCCACUUUGAGCGCACCAUGGGGCAGAGAUCCGGACCCGGUGCGCGGACGCAGACGAUGCAGCAGACGCUCAUGCACUUGUCCGCGAUGCAGAAGAUGCUGCUGUCCCGUCUGAACUCUUUCAAGACUCACGAGCUGGAUUACAGGCUCGUGUCUGGCCACUACAUGCUCCUGCUCGAAGCACCCAUAGCCACCGGCAAACCCUCCGCGUUCGAGCGCCUGGCAAAUCCCGACCCACGAACCAUAGCAAAAGAAGCCAACGUCUCCGCCGCAACACGCCUCCGUCGCCUAGCGUUCGAGCUCAUGCUACACACCCCCCGCCUCAUCGCCGACGUCCGCGCAGCCAAAGCCGGCCUCAUGUCAGACACGGAGCUCCAACGACUCCACCAACGAGCCCAGUCCCUCCUCUCCCUCAAAGACGACGCCUCGGAAACCACACUGCUCCACCGCGUCUCCGUCCGCCCGAGCAACGCCGACGCCACCGGCCUGACGCCCUUUUCCUUCGUCUUCCCCACCCUCGUCGACUUCGACGCCGGCUUCAACUACUGGCACGCUCGCAUCCUCGUCCUUCGCGCGUGCUGGCUGCUCGACAUCCCCUCUGCGAGGGCGUCCAUGCUCGCCGAAGGCCGGCGCGCCGCGACCAACAUCCUCAUGUCCUGGCAAGCGGGCUGCUCGCUCUUCCACCGCAUUCGCCUGCUGCACGCUGCGGUGCCGGUGUGGGGGAGUAUAUCGGAUUUCGGCGUCAAGGUCUGUGAGACGAUUGAUGUGCGGCAGCGGCUUCUGGAGAGGGUGAAUAACCUGUACCGCGGGAUUGUGGGGGAGACGGACAUGGAGAGGUUGGAUAUGAUGUCGGGGGUUUAUGCAGGGGAGCCUUUGCAGGGGCCGGUGGUGGGACUGUAUCGGCAGUUCUGGGCGGUGGAUGAGGGAGUUCGCAGAGAAGAGGGUUGA